AUGUCAUCACGAAAAACGACCCCUGUACCUCAAAAGCUUGAACUAGUAAAUGGCAGGAAUAUCAAAAGUGGAUUCCAUAAUGAUUCUUUUGCACUAUCUAAUGGAAUCAAGGAGGAUAAAUGCACAUCGAAGCAACUUCCGUGCUUUCAACCCGAUAACUUUGAGUCGAUAGAGUCAUGCAUACAUUUAGAUCAAGUCUUGGAUUCUCGCGCAAGGGAGACUGUAUUUGACACUUAUCGACAGGCAGUUAUGAUCUCCGAACCUAUAUAUGAGCCGGUUGUUUACAAGUCUAAAAAGGACGGCACGGUGAUCAGUCACGAUAAAGUACUUUCUAAAAAGCUAUCGAGUUUAAAAUGUACUGAGUGUGAGGUGUCCAACUUUGGUCAAGUCAUGAUAUGCUUACAGUGCCCCCAUGUUGGAUGUGCAGAACAUUCACAAUUGCAUUAUAAGGGCACCCUGCAUAUGUUUGCCAUUGACCUGAAUUUGGGCUUGUUGUAUUGCUUCAAAUGCAAUUCGUAUAUCAACCAUUCCGAGCUAGAAAAGUUGAGACUAGAAGCAAUGGGGAUUACUGAAGUUAACAGGGGAGAUCAAGAGAACAUCCCUGACAAUUACACGAGCCCCAACAAACUUGCUGCUCAAGGUCUCAAAGGAUUUGUCAACUUGGGAGCUACUUGUUUCAUGAGUUCGACUUUACAAACCUUUGUGCAUAAUCCUAUUAUCAAAAGCCAGUUUUUCAACAACGAUUUCCACUACUUCAAUUGCAAAUACCUUCAUGAUCAAGAUAUUAGCGACACUAUUGGUGAACAAAAUGCAUGUAUAACAUGCAGCAUUGAUUUAAUCUUCAAAGAGCUAUUUACGCUGAGCACAAACGAAGGUUUUGGAAUUACAAAUUUAUUAACUACUGCUUGGUACAAGCAAAAGUCCUUGGCCGGAUUCCAAGAGCAAGAUGCACACGAAUUCUGGCAAUUUAUUUUGAACGAAUUUCACCAAGACCACACGAGAAUUCAAACACAGAUGAAUGACGAUGCGCCUAUGGAAGAAACAUGCACUUGCAUCACUCAUUCUACAUUCUCGUUUGAACUUCAAAGUUGUGUCAAAUGCAAUUCGUGCAAAGGUGUAACCGAAACAGUCGACCCCAUGAUUGAUUUAUCGUUGGAGAUUAACCAUUUGAAAAAGAAGGAAAACAUCGAUUUGUACGACUGUUUGGAUUUGUUCACACUGGAGGAGAAGCUAGAAGCCAUGAUCUCUUGCAAGCAGUGCUCGGCCAAAUCGCAAGCUACAAAGACUCUAAAGUUGAAAAGCAUACCACCGGUGCUAUCAAUCCAAUUGAAAAGGUUUAACCACAACAUCAUAAAUGACACGUCAUCUAAGGUGGAGACUCCAGUCAAAGUUCCACUUUAUUUAAACAUUGCACCUUAUUGCGUGGAUCAAGGUUCGGCAAAGGAUACAGUGUUUGAGCUAUUUUCGGUGAUUUGCCACAUUGGCUCGGUAAACACUGGUCAUUACGUCGUCUAUACAAAGAAUGCACAGGGCCAAUGGCUCAAGUUCGAUGAUAGUGUUGUUUCCAUUGUUGACCAGAGUGAUGUGGUCAACUCCAAUGCAUAUUUAUUAUAUUAUAUAAUUCACAAUACAUAA